AUGGUCUGGGUAGCUCAUAUCUUUGCUCCCUUUCUCGCAGCGAUGCUUGUUACAUCAGCGGCCUGGACUUCUGACACUAUGGGACUUCUAAAGCGUGGUAGUGAAAAGGAAGAAAUUAGUGAGGUGGAAUUUACCGAGGAUGUUUACGAGAGGCUACUUUAUUUUAGUAAAGUGUCCGCAUUGGUUAGCUGUAUCUCUGGCAACGGCUUAAUUCCUGACAAGACCUUGAAAGAGGGUGGAUGUCCACCUCAUCUUGCAUUUUGCAGUGAUGAGAAGGUUAAUCCUACUGCUAAUGCAACAAGAAUUGAGCUUGUCUUGACAGCAGGUAAAGGAGAAUUGGGCACGGGAUGUCUCCUUGUUGAUCAUACAAGAAAAGUGGUUAUCGUUGCAUUAAGAGCUUCUACUACAAGGCAAGAUUGGUUAAGUGAUUUUACAAUUUAUCCAACGAGUUGGGAACCAAGUUCGAAAAGUUGUUAUAAAAAUCUGGUAGAAUCUGGUACCAUAAAGCCGUGUGAAGAUUGUAAGAUCCAUAGGGGGUUUUACAAAUUUUCAGAAACUUUAGCAGAAUUAUUUUUGGAUAAAAUUGAACACAUCUUUAGCAAAUAUCCUGAAUACAAUUUAGUGAUCACUGGGCAUUCUUUGGGUGCUGCGUUGGCUAGUAUUGCGGGAAUUGAAUUAAAACUACGAGGUUAUGAUCCAUUAGUGAUAACUUAUGCGAAGCCACUAAUGUUCAAUACGCAGAUGAAAGAAUGGGUUGAUGAGCUUUUCCAAACUGAAGAGGUUGAUAAGGACUGUCGUAAAAAUGGUAAGUUGGAUUUCAAAAAGGGUUUCUUUAGAGUAGUUCACGAUAAGGACUAUAUCCCCAUGCUACCACCAAACUAUAAACAAGCGGGUUUAGAGAUCUUCAUAAAAAAGAAAGAUUUACCCCAUGAGCGUUUCGAUUUGGAAUAUAAAGGAACCAAAAGUUAUUAUGACUCUGAACCAGAUUAUAAUUCUGAAGAAUGGCAGGGAAUAUCACAAAGUUUCUCCAACGGCGAUUGGCUCCAUCGAAAGGAGCACUGUUCUUAUUUUAUAUACAUUAGUGGCUGCGAAGGCUUCUGA